AUGGACCCACGUAAUGGUAUUUCACGCAUAAUGGAGCAAGAGACGGUUGCUAAGAAGACAAAAAUAUCGUAUCCGGCAAUUGGAAAAGGCCGAUAUGGUGCAGUAUAUUUGGGAAAUCUUCAUGGCGAUAAUGUCGCUGUUAAAAUUUUCACAUCAAAGGAAGAGGCUUCUUGGUCGAGAGAAGUUAGAAUUUAUCAAACUGUUAUGCUUCAACAUGAAAACAUUCUUCGGUUCAUAGCCGCGGAUAACAAGGACGCUGGCACAUGUACAGAAUUAUGGCUAAUAACUGAGUAUCAUGAAAACGGAUCUUUAUUUAAUUACCUAUCCGACACCACUUUAAAUCAAGAAGCAUUAUUUAAAAUUGCCUAUUCAAUUUGUUGUGGAUUGGCCCACCUGCACACUGAAAUGAUAGGGAUAAGAGGAAAGCCAGCUAUUGCUCACCGUGAUAUAAAGAGUAAUAAUAUUUUGGUAAAGAAAGAUGGAAGUUGUGCAAUUGGAGACUUGGGGUUAGCCGUGUGUUAUUAUUCAAAAUCAAAUACUAUUGAUAUACCGUCUAACGAGAGAGUUGGCACAAGACGUUACAUGCCUCCGGAAGUCAUAGAAGAUACUCUGAACAUGAGAAGCUUCGACGCUUUUAAAAAUGCGGAUAUCUAUUCAUUUGGUUUAGUGUUAUGGGAAGUUUUGUCUCGAAGUAACAUAACAGGUACUCCAGACGAUUAUGCGCCUUGUUUUUCGGAAAUGGUACCCCAUGAUCCUAGCAUAGAAGAGAUGAGAAGAGUCGUUGUAGUAGGUAAGAGACGUCCUCGUUUGAAGAAAGAAUGGGAGAUUCACCCGUUCAUCAGUCCAAUUUGCAAGAUCAUUAGGGAAUGUUGGUCGGACAACAAUGAAUCUAGACUGCCUGUGUUGCGUGUAAAGAAGACAUUGCAUAGUCUGUUGCAUAGCGGAGAUAUGAAAAUUUAA